AUGGCUCAAGCAACUUCGCCAUCCGCCGUGCACUGUUACACGAACCCCUCAUUCUGUCGUCAAUCCGAGUUCGUCCAAGAUCACGACGACGACGAGUUGCCACCCCCUCCGGCCUUCCAAGCCGACGAUCUCCCUCCGCCGCCCCCGCCCUCCGUGCCGCCAUCAGUCCCCAUUCCAAUUAAAAAUACAAACUAUCCGGGAAGAUAUGGCCACACAAAUGAGGUCCUCCUGAGUCGUGCCGAUCCCGACGCCAUUGAAGUCGACAGAUACGGGAGGACAACGGACCGAUGCUGUUAUCUCGACGAGACAGUGCGAAACGUCGAGGCGCAGGAGCGUCGCGUUAUCUACGACAGAAACACAAAGUCGCGGUAUGAAUACAUCGACGAUGACGAACCACCCCCGCAGCCUCAGCCCCGCCUGCAGAGACGAGCCUCCCUGACGCGUUUUGAGAUGCUCUCGCAGCGUCAGGACCAACAGUUCACCCGGCAGGCCAGCUAUCACGGCCACCACUAUCGCAGGACACCGAGUAUCGAUGAUAAUGAGACAGUCCACAGGAUCCGCCGGACUCGUCAGAACGGAAAUGAAGUCGUGCGUUAUGGACUGGUGCCCGCGGACGAGGCCAACGUCGACUGCGACUCGUCCCCUCUGCUCGGCAUUGGUCAGUCCUCCCCUCGUGGGCGUUAUGGAAGGGUACCCAUGCACGAUGAAGAGCCGCCCUUGUUACCGGAACGCAAUGCGCGGGAACAACAGGAAUUACGGGAGAAUACGUCGAAGAAUAAUUUGGCGACGCAGAGGUUGCAUGCCAUGUUGGCGACACCGAGGAAGAGGUCGCGAUCGGAGGAGAGGAACCUCUCCCCCGGGAGGGGAACUCCCAGGUUCACUCCACCUAUGAGCGCUGCGACCUCACCUGCAGGUCGCGGAGUAGUUCCAGGCUCAAGCCGUCGAGGAACCCCUGUCGGCACGCCGCAACGUGCAUUCUCACCUAAUAGAACCCCUCAAACGUCGACGCCCAAUAAAGACACCCCUUCGGCACGCAGAUGUCUUCCUUUGAAUGAGCAGCAGGAAUUAGGAAAUUACGGCAGGACUCGCUAUGGAUCGCGUCGCGAGGGCAACGGAUCAUUAGCGACAUCACCGAUAGAAUUAUCCUCACGGUUCGGUGAACCUCCACCGCGGUAUGCAUUCGUCGAGUCCACUUCGGAGUCAAUACCCAUGGUCAUCGGAUCACCGAAGUACCAGGUGCUAUCGCAGACAUCUAAAAGAGGUGGUUAUACGAAUGUGGAAAGUGCAUUCAUCGCGAGAACAGCUGUCGUACCCCCACUUUCACCACCAAUCAGCGAAGCUAACACAACACUGAUAAGUGGAACUGAGAAAGAAGAACGAAAGCGUGCGCCUCUGCUCCUGAUUCUAGUUGGAAUUUUGACUUGUGGAUUGGCUUUAUAUUUAUCAUGGUCACAAGGAAGAAAAUACUAUCUGGAUAGCGCUGCUGGAUGUGGACUCUGUUGUGCCCUAGCCGGUGCCUGCAGAAGUUUGCGAAGAACCUGGACAGGUCUAGGGCUCGCUGGAUUGUCAGCCAUAAGCUGCCUAGGAUUACUCCUUCUAGCAUCUAAACAACCGCGUCCGGGGACUCCCCUGCAUGAUGUCACAGCUGGUGCACUAUGCGGUGUAUCGUUACUCGGCGCUGCGCUGGCACUACUCGCCCUUCUGGGCCCCAGAUGUACUUUCAGCCGACACAGACGAGUCCACUCAUGGAUACCAAAUUUCUCAGCCUGA